UCAAAACAGGAAAAGAAAGAGCGGGAACUUUCUUCUGCCCCGGGGAACUGCAACUUCCGUCGACGACGCAGAAACCCUAGAAAUCCAAAUCCUCCAUGCAUCCUCCCUGAAAUCGCCGGCCAUACUUCGAUUCGCAGCGAAAUCGAAUCGAAUCGGUUCCCUCCAGCCAUGCAAAUCGAUCCGUUCGCUUCGAUCGUCGAGCACUGCCUCGUCCCGCCCUCGCAAGAACGGCUCCUCCGGAGCUGCCGCUUCGCCGGCGAGCCGGAACCGGCGGGCGCCGCCGGCGGAGGCGACGGGGAUGUGGGGACCCAGGAGGCCGGCGAGCCGUCCGUCGAUCCGACGGGGGUUUUCAUGGUCUCGCUGCCGGAGAGCGCGCGGAACGACGGGAGCACCGCCCCUCAGGAGGACGUCUACCACACGCCGCCCGAGCAUUCCGCGAACGAAGGCGACGCGGCGGCCGUCGAUUGGGGUGGCUUGGACAGCGGUAGGGCCGUCGAUCUGGGCAGGGACACGGAUUUGGGUUUCUCGGUGGAGCUGGAAAUGACGCAGAGAGUGGAUUCCGAGUCCCACCUCGGCCUUUCGAGCGGAGAAGUAGAGAAGGUGAGGACGCCUGCUUCCGGUGAGAGUUUGCGGGAGUCUCCAGCGAAGAGGAUGAGAUGUUCGGGGAGUCCUGCGGUGGUGAAAGUUAGGAGUAGAGAAACUUUGGGGGUAUCAUCAGCUUCGAAAGAUCGCUCGACUGCUAAUCCUGCUGAAAGUUUGAGAAUUUUAGAGAUAAAGUUGCGUUUGGAGGCUCCAAAUGCGCCUUUAGGGGUAGUGAAGGAGAAAAUCAGGGAGAGCCUGGUGAAAUCUGUGGAAAAUUUGAAGAAUUACGGGUCUGAUUUGCAGCGAGAUGCUGAAGUUUGCGAAGGGAGUUCACGGAAAAGGAAGUUGAAUUUGAGGGUCGAGUGUACUAAUGACAUAAGGAUCAUGGAUUUGGAGGUUGAAGAAAGAGACGGCGGGUUACUGUCCAGAGAGCACACGGUGAACGAUGAUUCUGCAGUUAAUGAAAUUGAUAGAGAUCCUGAGGGCACAGUGACCGAUAAAGAAGUUCCUCCAAUGGAUAACGGACAAAGAAUUGCUUGUAAAGAAUCGGGACAGAAGAGAACAGAAGAAGACGGCGGUUUAUUGGCCAGAGAGCACACAACGAAGGAUGGUUCAGCAGUAAAUGAAGUCAAUAGAGUUACUGAGGGUACAGUGCUUGGGAGCGAAGUUCCCCCGACUGAUAAUGGACAAAGAGUUGCUUGCGAGGAAUUGGGGCAGAAGAGCAUGGAAAGUUUAUUGUCCGGAGUAGCCUCAGUCAAGGAUAAUUUAGCAGUUGAUAAAGUCGAUAGAGGUACUGAGGGCUCAGUGAUUGGUAGAGAAGUUCCUGCAAUCGUUAAUGGCCAAAGAUAUGCUUCCGAAGAAACGGGUCUGAAGAGCAAAGAAAGAGACGGUGCUUCACUGUCCAGAGAGUACUCGGUCCAGGAUAAUUCUACGGUUAAUGAAGUUGAUAGAGGUUGCAAGGGCACAGUGAUCGGUAGAGAAGUUCCUGCUACUGAUAAUGGACAAAGAGUUGCUUGCAAAGAAUCGGGUUGGAAGAGCAUAGAGGACAUUGAAAGUUUCAGAUACACAGGAUUCUCGAGGAGUGAGGAAAUUGCCAUCGUCAAUUCAGGGGCAAGGCAAAGAAAAGGAUGCGGAAUCGCAGCUACGGCCGCCUGCUUGUUUCCCUUUGAUAGAGAAGGAUGUGAACCUUUUGGAUGUUUUGAAUAUGAUCGUGGGAACUCAUGGAGAUCGUACCCUUGAAAAUACCAAUAUUAUGCAUAUUGUGAAGAGUCGUGGCCUGACUUUUCCCAUGCCGGUAUGGUCACGGGACAGGGAGUACAGAGCAGAAGAAAAAGGUGGAGGAUGAAUAGUUCGGAUGGGGCUUUUGGGAUUUUUGCACUGCUGUUCCAUGGUGAUUUGACCGUUUAGUGGACAUUGGUCCAAUGCGGUAGAUUCAAUCCAAUGACUUUGACUUUCUUCUGGCAAAUAAUUGAUUUGACGUUGGAGGUACUCUUUCGGGAACAGAAAUGAACCGUUUUAACCUGGAAAAGAUGAAGAUACAGAUUGCUAGACCUGGAAAUCUAAUACAAUUAAAUCCGGUGAACUAGAUGCUGCUCAGAGGAACUUCUCUACAAGAGGACUGCAAGACUAUGUAUAGACAGCUUUUGUAUGUUUAUCUUGUUCUGUUCUCGUAAAUGAAUGCAGAAUGUACAACGGCUUUAUGAAUACAGAAAGUUUAGAUUAUUGAGAUUAUCGUGCUUUGAGCUU